AUGGGCAGCAUGUUUAGAAGUGAAGAGAUGGCUUUAUGCCAGCUGUUUAUCCAGCCAGAGGCAGCUUAUCUUUCUGUCUCGGAACUUGGAGAGACCGGAACUGUUCAAUUCCGCGACUUGAAUAGCAGCGUUAAUUAUUUUCAACGUAAAUUUGUAAAUGAAGUUCGUCGUUGCGAUGAAAUGGAACGGAAGCUUCGUUACAUUGAAGCAGAAGUUAAAAAAGAGGAUGUACCAGUCGCUGAAAUAGUCGGUGAUUUGCCUCGAGCGCCAAUUCCCCGUGAAGUUAUCGAUCUUGAGGCACACAUUGAAAAAACGGAGCAUGAUAUACUGGAAUUAACUCACAACGCAGUUAAUCUUAAGAGUAAUUAUUUGGAGCUAUCGGAGUUGCAGCAUGUUCUUGAAAAAACUCAAGUAUUUUUUACCGAGUCGAAGAAUCAAGGCUCUUUUUUGUUUCUCGAUCAGCAGGAGGAGGCUAAUGACUCUAUUACACGAGCUUUGAUCAAUGAAGAGCAGCAGUAUCCGACAACUACAGGCCGUGGACGACUUGAAUUUGUCGCUGGAGUUGUCAAUCGGGAGCGUGUGCCGGCGUUUGAACGGAUGCUUUGGAGAAUAUCUCGUGGCAAUGUCUUUCUUCGACAAUCUGAAUUAGAAAAGCCUCUUGAAGAUCCAAAUACGAGCCGUAUCAAAAAAGUAUGUGCUGGAUUUCAUGCUUCAUUAUACUCUUGCCCCAACAGCAAUGCAGAACGAUUAGAAAUGCUAAAAGGAGUUCGUACUCGUUUAGAGGAUCUUAAUUUAGUUCUUAAUCAAACUCAUGAUCAUCGACAACGAGUACUGCAUAACGUUGCUAAAGAAAUACCUAACUGGAGUAUUAUGGUCCGAAAAAUGAAAGCCAUUUAUCAUACCAUGAAUUUAUUUAAUAUGGAUGUUACGAAAAAGUGUUUGAUAGGAGAAUGCUGGGUGCCAAUGGCUGACCUUACAAUGGUUCAAAGUUGUCUUACGGAAGGAUCGAGAUUAUGUGGAAGUUCAAUCCCAUCAUUUUUAAAUGUUAUUCAUACAGAUGAAGAUCCACCAACAUUCAAUAGGUCUAAUAAAUUUACAAAAGGAUUCCAAAAUUUAAUUGACUCUUACGGUGUCGCAUCUUACAGAGAAGCUAACCCAGCGCUCUAUACAAUCAUAACAUUUCCAUUUUUAUUCAGUGUUAUGUUUGGUGAUACUGGUCAUGGUUUAAUAUUGACUAUUUUUGGCGCUUGGAUGGUAAUUUGGGAAAAAAAGUUAUCCGCUAAAAAAACAGACAACGAAAUAUGGAAUAUAUUUUUUGCUGGUCGUUAUAUAAUAUUACUCAUGGGAAUAUUUUCAAUCUACACCGGAAUUAUUUACAAUGAUAUUUUUUCAAAGUCUGUAAAUAUAUUUGGAUCUAGUUGGAGAGUCGAAUUUACCGCUAAACAGUUAAUGGAAAAUAAACACCUUCAACCAGACCCUGCAACACCUGCUGGAUAUGCACAAGUACCAUAUCCCAUGGGAUUAGAUCCAGCUUGGGCGCUAGCAGAAAAUAAAAUUAUUUUUUUGAAUUCAUAUAAAAUGAAAUUAUCCAUUAUUUUCGGUGUUGUUCACAUGAUUUUCGGCGUUUGUGUUAGCGUUAUCAAUAUAAUACAUUUUAAAAAAUACGCAAGCCUUGUUUUGGAAUUUUUGCCCCAACUUUUGUUUCUCAUUCUUCUUUUUGCGUAUUUGGCGGCACUUAUGAUAAUAAAAUGGAUUUUAUACAGCGCUGCAGCAAAAGGUACCGACUGGGAGCCUCGCUGCGCACCGUCAGUUUUAAUAAUAUUUAUUAACAUGAUGCUUGGAGGUGGUCAAGGACAAUCAGAGCCUUCUUCAUCGGCUGUCAAUGAAACCUUAGCUACAGUAGUACAACCCUGUCCUAAAUGGAUGUAUCCAAAUCAAGAUAUUGUACAAGAUGUAUUUAAAUACGGAGCGCUUCUCUGCGCUCCGGUAUUAUUAUUCGGUAAACCACUCUAUUGGUUAAUUACAAAUAAAGCAUCGAAAAAGCGACAGAAUAAUGGAGUUGCUUCACAAGAUAUUGAACUUGAAAGCAGUAAUUUUCCAUCCAAUGGCGAUACACUGAAUAGUGUAAGCCGUAAUCAUGGUGGUGGUCAUGAUGAUCAUGAAGAAGAUAGUUUUAGUGAAAUAAUGAUCCAUCAAGCUAUCCAUACUAUUGAAUAUAUCCUUUCAACAGUAUCACAUACUGCGUCUUAUUUACGACUUUGGGCUUUGUCGUUAGCUCACGCUCAACUUUCAGAAGUAUUAUGGGUUCAAAUAUUCACUCAAGGAAUUAAAUUUGCUCCAGAUAGAGAUUUUAUUGGUGGUAUUACUAUAUUUAUUGCAUUUGCAAUGUGGGCAUUUUUCACUAUUGCUAUUCUUGUCCUGAUGGAAGGUCUUUCAGCCUUUCUUCAUACACUUCGACUUCAUUGGGUCGAAUUUAUGAGUAAAUUUUAUGAAGGCCAUGGACAUCUAUUUCAACCUUUUUGUUUCAAAAGUAUUAUAGAUACAGCAUCGACCGAGGAAGAUGAAGAUUAG